GAAAGCAGAAAAUCUGUGCGUUUCAGUAAACGACCACCGCGGCCAGCCGUCCGUCCGCACGGCAAAUGACACGCGCACGAGCGCCCGCGCGGACGCGCCUCCUCCGGCCAAGCACAAAUGUGCGCAUGUGCAUACUGUGCAGAGGAAAGAAAAAAAUAAAAACCGGCUCCGCGUGUACGUGUAAAAGCGUGCGCGCUUCGUGCCCGCCUGAAACACACAUGGACGCGUUUGAGGUUCGGCUGUGCGAGGAAGUUCGGCGCUACAGGCACCUUUAUGAUUCUUCUUGCAAAGACUAUAAAAAUGUCCAAGUCACACACAGCGCGUGGAAGGAGAUCGCGCUGACGCGGGGCAAAGACGAAGCCAAGUGCCGAAACAAGUGGAAGUAUUUGCGGGACCGGUUCGUGAAAACCAAACGGAUUAAAGGCAGAGGCGGAGCCACGGGAAGCGGGUCUGCAAUGAUUCCGAUUUAUAGCGCCCUCGGCUGGCUGUCGGCGUUUGUCAAACACAGAGCCACGCCCUCCAACUUGACAGCGCUCGAGAACCCACCUGCCCAUCAUCCAAAAAGCGACGUGAGCAGCGCGAGCGAAUGUCCAGCCGCCGCCCCAUCACCGAGCACCUCCGCGGUUUAUGACCGCACCGGGCAGACGCUGCUCACGGUGAAUCUCUCGCCCAUUCAGACGAGGCUCGAGAGACUUGACCGGAUCGGAGAGCAGCGAGAAGACGCCGGCGAGGAAGCCCAACUUUGCUCAGAUGGUGGUAGACAUGCUCAGGAAAUGUCCACCUCAGCAGAGGUCUCAGGCAAAAUUUAAAAUCCACCAGCUGCUCUUCCAGAUGGAACAGGACCUGUACGAGAGCCAGGCGGGGACGGGGACUUUAAAGAAGGAGAACCACAGGUGAGAGCUUGUCAUGAUCUGCGAGACCCCCGAGGCUCCCCGCACAAGUGGGUUACUGCAAACCGCACCACUUGUUGGAGUUUCAGUUUGCUG